AAUCGCGCUCGGGGAAAUUAGUCGGCCGGUGUCGGUGCGCGAACGCGUGUCGAGCGACGAGCGAGCUUCCGUAACGCGACGAAAUUAACGCGAGGACUAACUCCAGGCACCACCGCCUCGUGCAUCAUUAGCAGAGAACACUUGGUUCGGAGCGGUGAGACACGCGGGAGAGCCGGAAGGGUAGUAGUAGUAGCAGCAACGGCGGCGGUGGCGGCGGUCCAGUAGCAGCAGCCGGAAAGGGCAGAGCAGGCACACGCAUCGAGGAGGGUCAAAACGCACGAGCAGUUGAAGAGAGGAAAGGUCUCUCGACCGCGACCUUCGACCCUCGACCUACCGCGAGUUAAACGAGCUCCCGAAAAUCCCCCGAGCCGAAGAUAAUCGUCGGAGAGGAUUCGCCGGGAUUCCAUUUUCGCGACCAGGAAGAAAGAAGGAAGUGCAGUGCAAUCGCGGAAGUAGCGAGGGGAAAGGACGGAAUCGCUCACGAGGACGACUUGUCACCACGACUCUCUCUCUUUCUCUCCGUCCACACCCGCGUUUCUCUUUUUCUCUCAUUCGCCUUGUAGUUUCGUGCACCGGAAGCGCGCACUCGACUUCACGCUAAUUCGCUUUUAUUGCGGCGCGGUGCGGAAGCUGAAAUACGAAAAAGACUGAUUUUGUGCGUUUAAGAGCGAUUGCUUCGUCGAGACUGCUUCUGCCUUCUUGCACAAUCGCUCUCUCUUUCCGUCUGUCUGCGUCUUUUGCUCGUCGGGGGCGUCGUCUUUAUCGUUUUAAGUCUCCUUGUCGUCGCAGCGUCAUGGGCGGAUGUACUUCGAAGGAUACCACGUCAGGCGACGAUAAAAAAGGCAACAAUAUGGUGGAUGCAGCUGUUCUGGACAAGCUGGAAGCUGGCCACGCCAAGCUGGCGGCAUCUGACAGCAAGUCGCUGCUGAAAAAGUAUUUAACGAAGGAAGUCUUUGAUCAGCUCAAGACCAGAAAGACCUCGUUCGGCUCCACUCUUCUGGACGUCAUCCAGUCUGGUUUGGAGAAUCACGAUUCUGGCGUCGGUAUCUACGCGCCUGAUGCUGAGUCGUACACCGUCUUCGCUGAGCUCUUUGAUCCCAUCAUCGACGAUUACCAUCAAGGCUUCAAGAAGAGUGAUAAGCACCCGCCCAAAGACUUCGGCGACGUCGACUCCUUCGGCAAUCUUGAUCCGACUGGUGAGUACAUCGUAUCCACUCGCGUGCGAUGCGGCCGCUCCUUGGACGGAUAUCCCUUCAAUCCAUGCUUGACCGAGGCUCAGUAUAAGGAGAUGGAGGAGAAGGUGUCUAGCACGCUGUCAGGUCUCAGUGGUGAACUAAAAGGCACCUUCUACCCGCUCACUGGCAUGAGCAAGGAGGUGCAGCAGAAGCUGAUUGACGAUCACUUCCUCUUCAAAGAGGGCGAUCGGUUCCUCCAGGCUGCGAACGCCUGCCGCUUCUGGCCCACUGGACGUGGCAUCUUCCACAACGACGACAAGACCUUCCUGGUCUGGUGCAACGAGGAGGAUCACCUCCGCAUUAUUUCUAUGCAGAUGGGCGGUGAUCUUGGACAGGUUUAUCGACGCCUGGUGUCGGCGGUGAAUGAGAUCGAAAAGAGGCUGCCGUUCUCGCACAACGAUCGCUUCGGCUUCCUGACGUUCUGCCCGACGAACUUGGGAACGACGGUGCGUGCCUCGGUGCACAUUAAGGUGCCGAAACUCGCGGCGAACAAGGCCAAGCUCGAAGAGGUCGCAAGCAAGUACAAUCUACAGGUGCGCGGCACUCGCGGCGAGCACACUGAGGCCGAGGGUGGCAUCUACGACAUCUCCAACAAGCGACGCCUCGGUCUCACCGAGUACCAGGCUGUGAAGGAGAUGAACGACGGCAUUGCCGAGCUCAUCAAGCUCGAGGCCAGUCUUUAAAUCCGCCUCCCCCCGACAUCUCGUAUCCGUACCCUUCAUCGUAGCCUAUUGGACGCCGCUGUAUUACGCGACGUCAUGCUGGAAGCUGUGUCUAUGGCGUAAAGAUUUUAUUCUGAGAAUAUAAAUCGCGAGAGCGACGAUUUGGAGAAUCGUCUGACGACGAUUUAACGCCGGCGGCAUCGAGUUUCUCAGCUGUUUUAUCGCGCGUUUCCCGUCUUUAUACAUAUAAAUAUUAUAAUUAGCGCUGUGUUUAAUAUGAUGUAGGUUGACCUCUCUCGUGCCCUGUCAUUCGCUGUCUUCUCUAUUGCUCACAUUCUUUCGCUAGAAAUUAAUGAGUGUUUAUUAUAAUAAACAUUCCUCAUUAUAACAAAAUAAAUGUAUAAACUUUGUAAGUGUCAGAAUAUAUAUUUGCCGGGAAUGUUAUUCUUGGCAAAUGUAUAUUCUGGCAUAUACAAAAUUUAUAAAUUUAUUUUAUUAUAAGAAGAAUGUUUAUUAUAAUAAACACUCAUUAAUUUCUAACGAAAGAAUGUGAGGAAGAAAAAAUAUUCAUGAAUGAAGAAAGGAAUUUGUGUUUCAUUUUUUAACUGUUAUUAAUCUAUAAAAGAUUUAAUAUUAAUUUGCUUAAAAGAAAGAAAAAGUCAUAGAUCGGCGAGAGAAGAUGAGGAUGACACGGAAGAUUACAGAGAACAACUUACAUCGUACUCUGCGCAUUGUAUUCGUCAGUAUUUUAGUUUCACUUGUUCCUUUUUUUUCUUUUCAAUAAUAAUAAAUGAAAAAUCGGGAAAUGUUCUCCAGGCAAUGAUUCUUUCGUUUUCCUCUUUCUUUUUUUUGCCACAAUCGCUAUAUUGUAUUCUGAUGAUACAUAGUCACGCGCGUUCUCACACACUUCGUAGUGCUCUAGUGCUAGUCCCCUGCAAUUCGUCGUGAUUAUCUAUUAAAUGAAAUGAUAAGGAAAAAGAGAGAGUAGUCGUCGCUGGGUAUGAAACAUUUGUUCGACGACGAUUUUUCAUUGUCCGUUUUGCGAUCAUCACGGAAUUUUAAAGAGGCGAGAGCGCUGUUUUUGGCGCUUUGCGGUUUUCUAGUCUGCGAAUGGUGGAAUGAAUUCAUGUUUUUUCAUUCUCUUUUUUACCACGUGAGAGGCCAAGAAUAUUUGCGCGACGGAUAUUACACGCACUACACACGCGCGAGCAAAAGCGCUACGACAUAUUAUAGAGACAGUGUACUACCAGCCGACUUGACAACAAGAUGUACGAUGAAAAUACAAGUAAUGAGACACAAAAAUAAAAAGACAUACACAUUA